AUGAACAAAACACAAUUUGAUAGACUCCAAAUCUUAUUUAAUGAUUUAUCAAUAUGGCAACCAAACAUUUCUGUGAAUGAUGAUGAAGUUGUAGCAUCUUAUAAUAGUGAUCAUAUCAAAUCAACUUUUAACACACAAUUUAGGAAUAAUAAUAACAGUAGAUUAGAAAACAAUGAAUUGCCUUAUGGAUCAAGUAUGUACGAUUUGGAUGAUUUUGAUAUGAGAAGAAAACUUGAGUCUGAAUUUAUUGGAGCUCGCAGUGAUACCAAUGUAUCCUUAAAACCAAGCUUGGCAUCUCUUGUUGUAUCCAUGACAAAUGUUGAAAUUUCAUUGUUGUGCCAGUCAGAUAAAACAACAGCUCAAUAUGAUAAAAUGAAUUCAUAUAAAUUUAUUAUGAAUGAUUUUAGAUUUUUUGCAGCUCUUAAACACGAAGGCAAAAAUGAUACUUAUAUUGUUUUAGAUAAUGAUCAAUUCUCAUUUUUGGAUCAGAAUGACGAACUGAUAUUUAAUGAUGAAUCAAAUGUGAAAGAAACAGAUAUGUCAUUAUUUGUUAAUGGUAUAACUUUGAGUUUUACCAAAGAUCCUAAAUGGACUGGAGAUCUAAUAGAAUUUUUACAGGAACCAGAAAUGUUAACUUCUAUUGAAAUUCCCAGUCAAUUCACUAAACUAUCUGUUAUUGUCAGAGAUUGUUCUAUUAUCUAUCAGCCUGAAAAAUUUCCAGCAAGGGUAGUCUUCGCAAUUGAUUGUGUUAAGUUGUGUAGUAAUAUUAAUCCUGAUUCGCCUAUGUUUUCUUGCAAAUUUAUUGUUCAAAGAAUGGAUUUAAUGCUUAUUGAUGAUGUUAAAUCGCUCAACAAUAAUAAACCUUAUAAUAGAUUUUCUGCUGAAUCUGUGAGCGUUAAAAAAUAUUGGAAGUCAUUAGGAUUUGUUAAAACAGCCUCUUUAGAUUUUGCUGAAAUAUUACUUCGAACAAAUAAAGAGACAUGUGCAGAUGCAUUUCAAACUUUAAUUGCUUUAAUGACUAACAUUACAUCAAAGAAUGGUACAUCUGAAACAAAAGUUCCACUUAAUCGAAAAGAAAGAUUUCAUCGAAAAGAUAUAAAUCUUGAUGCACUUAAAAAAAUUAUUGAAGAGGAUGUCUUUACCCCCCUGGAGAUAAAUUCAUCAAAUCCUGAAAUAUCAAAUUCUAAUUUGGAGUUUGAUGAAAAAUUUUAUGGCACAGAAGAAGAUGAUAAAGAAGACUAUGAGAAAAUCAUAAUGGAUGAUGCUAAUGAAGUUUCUUCCAAGCCGGAUAAAAAAAAAAAUAUCAAGCCUGAUAUUACAUUUGAUGAUGAUAUUAGUUCAGAUUCUGAUAAUAAACAUUUAGAUUCUGAUAAUGAAUGUUUAAAUUUUGAAGAUGACCAUUUCUCUGUGCCAACUGCAAAUGAACUUGAAAAUAUCAAUCAAGAAUUUCCAAAAUCUUUAACAAGAAUAAAAUUAAACGAUUUUAAUGUUAUAUGGAAAUUAUAUGAUGGAUAUGAUUGGAAGCACACAAAAGAUCAAAUUCUAGACUUUAAUCUCGAGAAGGCACCAACAAAUCCCAUAGAAACUACAGAAAGCAUAUCAAAAGGGGGAAUAGGUCCUUCAAUAAGUGAAACCAACAACAUUAACAACAUUAAUUAUUAUUCAAAUAAACGACCAGAAUCAAUUACAAAUUCUUCUUCUGCUGCUGUUGGUGGUGUAACUAAUAAAAUGUCUUCUAGCCAAACAAACAAACAAAGAAUUAAUAGCUCAAGAAAAAGUAAACUCGAUAUAAAGCUUGACAAAAUAAAUUUGGAAUUUGAUAUUUUUCCUGCUAAUGAUGUAAUAGCUUUUCGAUUGUUGUUACUUGUUCAAGAUAUUGAGAUUAUUGAUAAUAUUAAAACUUCAGCAUGGCAUAAAUUCUUAACACAAAUGCAUCCAGACAAAGAUACAAAACCUAGAGAAAGCAAAUCAAACAUGAUAAGAUUUGAAUUAAAUAGUAUUCGUUCAAUACCUUCAGAACCUGCAGAGGAAUUUCGAAUAAAGUUACAAUUGUUGCCACUUAGAUUUUAUAUAGAUCAAGAUGCUCUUAAUUUUUCAAUUGGAUUUUUUUCAUACAAAGACAACACAAUAAAUAUAAAUCAAGUUGAAGAUGAUACAUAUUUUCAAUAUUUCGAAAUUCAACCUAUUGUUAUGAAAAUAGAUUAUAAACCAAAACAUAUUGAUUAUACUAAUUUGAAAGGAGGAAAUCUAGUAGAAUUAAUGAACUUUUUCCAUUUUGAAGCAGCGGAAAUGACAUUAAGAUCUGUUAAAUUAACAGGAGUCAAAGGUUGGCAACGACUAUUUGAAGAGUUAGGAGCAGCAUGGUUACCACAUAUAAAAAAUACACAGGUUCCAAGUUUUGUAUCUGGUGUUACCCCAAUACGAUCAUUAGUUAACAUAGGAUCUGGUGUUGCUGAUCUUAUUCUUUUGCCAAUUGAACAAUAUAAGAAAGAUGGUAGAAUAAUCCGAGGUCUUCAGAAAGGUACACAAUCAUUUGCAAGAGCUACAACUAUGGAGGCUAUUAAAUUUGGAACAAAACUUGCAGUUGGCACACAGAUUUUACUGGAACAUGCAGAUGAGAUUCUUUCUUUUGAAACACAGCCAAGAACAAACAAUAGAAAUGUUAGUGAAGAUCUGGAGGAUAAUAGUGAAGAAGAGGAUGAUGAUAAAGAACUUAUAAGUAAAUAUGCCAAUCCACCAGCUGAUUUAAAUGAAGGAAUUGAAGCUGCCUAUAAAAGUUUAAGACAGAAUAUCGGAGCAGCAACUCACACAAUAUUUGCAGUACCAAUGGAAGUAUAUGAGAAAACAGGAACUCAAGGAACAGUUAAAGCUGUUAUCAGGGCAGUUCCUGUAGCAGUGCUAAAGCCAAUGAUUGGUGCAUCCGAAGCAGUUUCUAAAACAUUACUUGGAUUAACAAGCACCAUGGAUCCAACCAAAAGACCACAAAUGGAGGAUUGA